GUUGGUUGAGCGCGUGAUGUCGAAACACAUCAGAUCAUCACAUCAGAUCCCCUACCAUCAUGUCAUCAGCAUCUGCAGACAUUUAAUGUCUGUAAACAUUGGAAAGAUUUCAGCUCUCUGCAACUUUAUCCGUACAGCAGUUGACAGCCUUCAAGCCAGAGAUGAGCCAAAUGAAGCUGCCUCGAGCUGGACUUCUCCUCUGGAUGUGUGUAAUGAACAGGGUCCAGGACACAGCAACAGCAGCAGCAGCACUGUCAAUCACCCACUGUGUGAUCAGGCAGUACGUCGACAUCACCUGUUACUGGGAAACAACCGACCAGCACCUGAACAUCAACAGCUACAGGCUUCAGAUUAACAAAACCUCUUGUGAAAGUAAACACAGCUUCUUCCAGGUGGGUUUCUGUAAUACAGCAGGCUCUGACUGCUCCGUUCAGCCCAUCGACUCAGCGUUACACUGUUUCUGUGCGGAUGUGCUGGCGUCCACACGAACCGGAUCAAUACGAUCACCGCCGUACUUCUUCAGUGGGGUCAAUGCAGUGAAACUUCGUCCUCCACAGAUAACAUAUCUUACGCCAUCAAAGACAAGGUCUGGGUGUUUGCAGGUGACAUGGAAAAUGGUUGAGAGCUUUCUCCAGAAUGAAAAAAUCUACAUUCGGCUCCAAAUAGAGUACACGACACACAACCAGACCAGAUCCCAGACUACACAAGCCUUUUCCAAUGAGACAUUGGAGUUGUGUGACUUACACCCAGGAUCCAAGUAUACGGUGAGACUGAGAGCUCAGGACAGUCGAGCGCAUGCUCACUGGAGCUCAUGGACGUCUCUAGACACAACCACAGCAGAGAAAGCUCCGUCUGCAGCUCCUCGGCUCUGGAGACUCAUCCAUUCUGUGGAAGAAGCUGGAAGGAGACGCCUCAUCCUUGUCUGGAAGCCUGUGUCCUGGCCUGAGGUCAAUGGUGUAGUGCUCAGUUACUCUGCAACAUGUCGCAGUGAUCUGGAUUCAUCACAGUGGACUUGUGGCACUAUGGACGCAUCCAGACGCUCCUGCAUCCUUAAUAUCUCUGAUGAUCCCUGUCACUGCAGCCUGACAGCCACGAACUCUGCUGGGACGUCACCUCCAGCUCACAUCUCCAUACCUGCACAUACACAUGCAGAAGAACUCCCACCCCCUCAGGCUAUCAGUGUCACCCGAUUGGACGACACUAGACUGGUGGUGGAAUGGACAGCUGCACUGAGCCAAUCAGAGAGCGGCUUUGUGGUGCAAUGGGCUUCUGUGCCUUACACUGAACCAACUAGUUUGGACUGGGAACAUAUAAAUGAAACUGCAAGAAGCUUUAUUGUCUCAGGUCUUCUGCCAGAAGUCCCAUAUAAUCUGUCGGUCGUGAGUCUGUUUGGGCCACUGGCAGGAAGUGGCAUGUCAGUCAUUGCUUUCACACGGGAAGGAGCGCCCUCUGUCGGCCCAAAUAUAACAAUGCUGCAGACGAGCAGCAGCGGUGUUGUUCUGAAAUGGGAUCCUGUUCCUUUAGAGAAACUUCACGGCUUCAUCCAGAGCUAUACCAUACUGUACAGCAUAAAUGGCAAAGACAAAAGUGAGAAGGUAAGCGCUCAUGAUGAACAGAAAUCUCUCAGUGGACUGAUGGAAGGAACCUAUAACAUCUGUGUAAUGGCUCAUACUGCAGUAGGGGGCGCCACUGGGCCCUGUCAGCAGGUGGUUGUGGGCCUUGAGGAUGUACAAGUGAUUCCCAUACUGCUGUGUGCACUUCUGCUGUGUUUUCUGAUUCUAAUCAUCCCAGUAUGCAUGAGGGUGAGGAUUAAACAGUGUCUGUGUCCAACUGUACCAGACCCUUCUAAAAGCAGCCUGUCGGUCUGGUCCAACGCUAGAAUGUGUCAGCAUAAGCUACCAUCCCUGUCUGCCAUGAACUCUAUCAUCUCUAUGGGUCAAACUACAAUCUUUCAGGAUUAUGGUGAGAAGGACUACGUCCCUGUCCAGGUGUUCACCUACCACACUGUUCCACAAGACAGCAAUGAGACCAACAUCAGCACUUCUGCUGUAACACACCAGGACUCCACACUCCCAGCAGCUCAAGCUUUCCCCACACAUCUCCUCAACCACAGCUACACCAAACCAGGCCAAGUCACUCCUGCCGGAUACAAAGAAGACCCACAGCCCUCAUCUGACCAUCUCUUGUUUGAAUCGUUCUUCACCAACAAAAGAAAUCAAGCAGAUUUAUGCGACUACAUCCACGUGUCCCAGAGCCACGAGCCGGUCAUCACGACCAUAGAUGAGUACAGGACUCUCGACCUGAACGAGUGUCCGCAUUUCCGACAGGUUUUACCGGAGGACACCAGCACAUAGUUCACUGAAGCUUAAACAGUGAGUCUUACGGUAUGUGACUGGGGUUUCACAAUCCCACUCUCUCCAGCAAACUAAAACAUGAGCCCUCGUAUCAACCACCACCUCUGUGUGCUUUGUGUUUGGCAGAUAUACACAGGUUUAUGCAGUAACGGGAGAGUUGGAACGGCAUAAGGCUGGGUGCAAUUAAAAUCAGAAACUUGUCUACUCUGUAAUCUGUGUCCAGUGUAGACAUCCGCAGUUGAUCAUAAUAGUUGCACUGGAUUUACAAUAGAUUCAUGGGCUGGUUCAAGAGAUUGCAUCCGAUUGCUGUUCUGCCCGACACUUGAAUAUGAAUUGUGAACUUUUUCCAUCAGUCUUUUUAUCUGAGCACCUCCUGUCAGAUCUGGUCUAGGUCAAGGACGCCACAAGAGCACCGCUAGUCAUUUCCACAUGUGACACCUCUCUCACAAAACCUCUCUGGUCUAGAGUCAAAUCUGCAUAACCACUGACACCAGUUGCCAGAUGAGAGGAAAAUGUGAAUUUGCUUUGGUUGCAUGGAAACCUGGCCUAUAUUUGAUAGUUCUGAAGUCAAACAGUGCCAUUUUAUUUGUGACAUAAUAUUGUUUUCAAUUUUUUUAUUAGCAAAUGGUGCUUGAAAAAUACCAGUAUCCAUAUUAUUUUAAUUUUUUAUUUUGAUAUUUGGUUUAAUAUUACUUUUUUUAUAUACAUAAUUUGCCAUCUUAAAGCUGCAGUAGGUAACUUUUGUAAAAAUAUAUUUUUUACAUAUUUAUUAAACCUGUCAUUAUGUCCUGACAGUAGAAUAUGAGACAGAUAAUCUGUGUAAAAAUCAAGCUCCUCUGGCUCCUCCCAGUGUCCUAUUGCCAUUUGCAGAAAUUCAUCCGUUCCCGGUAAGAAAUCAACCAAUCAGAGCUGCGGUCCGUAACUUUGUUUGUGUUCAAAAUGUAGAAAAAUGUAUAUAAUAAGCAAGUACAACAUGAAUCCAUUUUCCAAACCGUGUUUUUAACUUGUCCUGAAUCACUAGGGUGCACCUAUAAUAAGUGUUUAUAUUCGGACUAUUUUAGAUUGCUUCGGGGGUACCGCGGCGGAGUAACCCAGUACCUUUGUGAUUCUUCAUAGACAUAAACAGAGAGAAGUAGUUCUGGCUACGAUGUUCUUCCGCAAGACGCAAGCAGUUCUGUUUAUUAACCGCUAGAGCAUCAAAAGUUACCUACCGCAGCUUUAAACCCUCUCAUUUCUGUUAACACAAUAAAAGACAAACAUACCUGGACAGGACAACAUGUUUCCCAGGUUAAAUCAUGGACACAGCUUGGAAUUAUGAAAAACUGGAUUUAAUUUUGUUUUUCAUUAGUGAGUAUUUCUGACGAAGCACUGCUGUUUGCGUUAUACCUGCUGUCUCCUGCUGUCUGCUCUGUACAGGUUUCCUCUGUUGUCAGACAAAAUAUUGUGUUAACUGGUUUUGGACAUCUGACAGAAUUUCAGUCUGUGAAUCAGACGGACUGGUAACCUGGAAAGCUGUAAAAAAACAACGACGACAUAACCCACCUGAUCUGCACUAAAUAUCGUUUCGUUUCCUUAUGAAAAGAUUUGAGCAAUGCCAUUCCAAAAUAAUGUCAAAGGUUUAUUUUUGUGAAAUAUAUCUGAAGAUAAAUUCUGUGGAAAAGGAAAGGACAGUGAGAGGGAGACUUGACACUCGGAACAUUUUGUUGGGAAUGCUGUGGCUUCAGGCCAGAGUUCACCACCGCUGGACCAUCUUUCCUGCGACUGGAAUUCCCGAUAAAGUCCCUCUUUGUUUGGACAGAGACGGGCCAGGGCAGUGUCAGACAUACAUCCGGAUCCAGAGAGUUGAUCUUUGGCGACAGGAGUGCAGAUCGGCCGUGUGCCAGAGCUGGUGCAGCAGUAUUUAUUGGGGAUGAAAUGUGCUGUUGUUGACAGUAGAUGGAUAUUCACACUGACCUGCCCGAACCGUGUGAAUCCAACCAUUCCAUCAGGAAUUUGUCAGCCUGUAAAUAUAACUAAAAAAGGGAAUGGAUUAUUGCUUAGCACAAUAUUUGUCAUCCCUGUAGUGAUGCUGAGAAACUCAAGGCACGGUUCAGUAUGUAUACAUUCUGAUAAAGCACAUGCCAUUGAUAUUUGUUUAAUAAACAGAUGCAUUAACCCCCCCACCCCCCCAAACCCACCCAGGGGCAAUAUCACACUUGAACAACACAUAACACCUCAUUAUAACUUCAUCUGUAAAAAAACACAUAUGCACAAAAUUCUGUCUAUGGGAAUUUUUUCUUUUUCUAUAUAUUUUUAUUACUAUUGUUAUUUAUAAUUUAUUGUAUAUUCUGUCAUUUUAUGAAUGUCUGCACUUUCUUUGUAUUUCCUGUACCAGAAGCUCCUAACACAAAGACAAAUUCCUUGUGUGUGUGGGAACACACUUGGCAAUAAAGCUCUUUCCGAUUCUGAUUUUGUUAACUUUGGGUAUUUCUGUAUUUAACUUCCCUAAUGUCAACAGAACAAUAGCACAACCUGACAAAACAUCCUUGGGAAGAAGGAAAAAGGUUCAUAAAAGGGCAUAAUAGUUAAAUAAGUUUUUUUUUUUUUUUUUGUGAAUUGUGUCCUUCAUACAAAAUAUCAUAGGAUUGUUGCUAUAGCUGUUGUAACUAGUGAUGACAAUAAAACAUACAUUCACACAGUGUAAAGUUGACUGCAUAAUGAAAGUAAAAGCCUGGUUUAUGUUAUUGGGAAA